AUGGCAUUCGGCGGUGCGCCCAGAGGCCGUGGAGGCGGUGGAAGAGGUGCUCCAGGUGGACGAGGAGGCUUUGGCGGGGGCCGUGGUGGAGGCGGCCGUGGUGGUGGACGAGGUGGUUUUGGUGAUCGCGGCGGUCGCGGUGGUGGCAGAGGUGGCGGCUUCGGCGACCGUGGUGGUCGAGGCGGUGGCAGAGGCUUCGGCGGUGGCCGCGGGGCUCCCAGAGGAGGUGGUGGUCGAGGUGGAAAGCCUGGCGCCCGAGGUGGUGCCAAAGUCAUCAUUGAACCUCAUAGACAUCCCGGUGUCUUCGUCGCUCGUGGUGGAAAGGAAGAUCUCCUGGUCACCAAGAACCUGACACCCGGCGAGUCUGUUUACGGCGAGAAACGUGUCAGCAUUGACAACCCAACCCCAGCUGUGACCGGUGAAGCCGAGACCGAUGCCGCACCCGCUCUCAAAACGGAAUACCGAGUCUGGAACCCUUUCCGCAGCAAGUUGGCAGCUGGUAUUCUAGGAGGUUUGGAAGAGAUUUACAUCCGCCCUGGUUCUUCAGUCCUCUAUCUCGGUGCAGCUUCAGGCACAUCAGUCAGUCACGUUGCCGAUAUUGUCGGACCUACUGGACGAGUCUAUGCCGUUGAGUUCUCUCACCGAAGUGGUCGCGAUUUGAUCACCAUGGCCACCCACCGCACCAACGUCAUUCCCAUCAUCGAAGACGCCAGACAUCCUCUGCGCUAUCGUAUGCUGGUUGGUAUGGUGGAUGUCGUCUUUGCCGACGUUGCACAGCCCGAUCAAGCCCGAAUUGUCGGAUUAAACGCACAUUUGUUCCUGAAAGUCGGCGGGGGCAUCCUCGUCUCGAUCAAGGCCAACUGUAUCGACUCGACGGCCAAACCCGAGGUGGUGUUUGCCAACGAAGUCAAGAAGAUGCGAGAAGAGCGAAUUAAGCCCAAGGAACAGUUGACACUAGAACCCUUCGAGCGUGAUCAUUGCAUAGUGUCCGGCAUAUACCAGCACAGCACGAACUAG